AUGGAGCUGCGUCAUCGGUGUAAUAGGUCGGACAACAACCAACAAAUGGAAACGUUUCAAAUUCUUCAAAAACCCAGCGAUAGCGAUAACAACGAAUCGAUCAGGAAUCAAAAAUGUCUAUCGGCUAUACCAACUUUCUUAGUUAUGCUGAUCGCGAUGAUAAUUCUAAAUGUGUUUGUGUACUACAUGGACAGCAGACUACCGGGUAUUAUCGAAACGAAUUCAACUAAUAAUGUAUUUGUUGCAAAACGCGCUAUGUCCACAUUAAUUAAACUUGCAAAUAUAGGUCCCAGGCCCGUUGGUAGUUUCGAGAACGAGAAUUUAGCGUUUAAUCUUUUUAAAACUGAAAUCGAGCAUGUCGAGAAAGAGUUAGAUAACGUAAACGAUAUUGUUGUGUACAACCAGAAAGUUACCGGGUCGUUCAUUUUGGACAUGAGAAAUUGGAAAUAUUUAUUAAGUUACGAAGACUUGCAAAACGUUGUUGUUAAAAUCGAUCCCAAACAAGGUGCGAGCGAUGCGAUUUUGUUAAAUUGUCAUUUCGAUUCGGUGCCGGCCGGGCCGGGCGUAAGCGAUAACGGUGUGAACUGCGCCGUGAUGGUAGAGCUGUUACGAGUAUUGACGAAGAGCAGUGAGCUGAGGCGACCGGUCAUAUUUUUGUUCAACGGAGGCGAAGAGAUAAUUCUGCAGGCUUCCCACGGUUUCGUGACCCAACAUCCGUGGUCACAGGACGCGAAAUACGUGAUAAACCUGGACAGCUGUGGAGCGGGCGGCAAAGAAAUAAUGUUCCAGACCACGGAGCGCGACUCGUAUCUGGUGGACGUGUACGCUCGCUCGGUGCCGCAUCCGCACGGGCAAGUGAUGGGCCAAGAGCUGUUUCAAUCGGGCGUAAUACCGUCCGACACGGAUUUCCGGAUAUUCAGGGAUUUCGGCAACAUGUCCGGCCUAGACCUGGCGCAUUACAAGAACGGCUACGUGUACCACACGGAAUACGACAAUCUGGACCAAGUGGAACCGUCGGUGUUGCAGAACACCGGUGAAAACCUACUCGAAUUGGUCAAAGCGAUGUCGACGCGCAACGCGACCACCACCAGCAAGAGCCACCGGACCAAGUAUGUGUUCUUCGACGUACUGGGCGUGUACAUGUUCUCGUACACGGAACUAUCCGGCGCGUUUUUCAAUUUCAUAAUCGUCCUGGUGUCGUUUUUCUCGGUUUUCUUGACACUGCGAUUCGUCGCGGCCGGCAUGAACCGCAGGGAGUACACUGUGCACCUGUUGACGUCCAUCGUCAGCCCCGGGUGCACGCUCGUCCUUUCCGUACUGUCAUGCGCGCUAGUUGCGUUCAUUUUGGACUCGCUGGGAUACUCGAUGAGUUGGUACGCCCACAAAACGAACCUGGUCGUCUACUACGCGACGGCGUCGUUGACCACGCUGUCCGUAGUGGUUUUCCACCCGAAGAAGAAUCGGUCGAGAACGGACGCGGAGUUGACCAUAUCCGCGUUCAACGGCAUCCAAUUCUUCUGGACGGUGCUGCUGUUCUUGUCCACCAUGGCGGGGCUGCGGUCCAGUUAUCUGUUUAUGGUGAUGGUACUGUGGCCGUCGGCCACCAACUGCAUUCUGGGCUUUCUCGGCGCACACCGGACGCCCGGACUGUGGAUAGCGGUCUACGCCGCAUCGCUGCUCGUGCCUAUCACGUUCGUGUUCUACCUGACCCAAUUAUUUGUGUCGCUAUUCGUGCCGAUCACCGGGCGCUUCGGGCCGCACGUCAACCCCGACUACAUAGUCGGCGUACUGAUAGCGAUGUCCACGUAUGCCACGAUCGGCUACCUGUCGCCGGUCUUCGCGCUGGUGAAGAACCCGCGCGCCCUGCUGGUCGCGGUGGGCACGCUGGCCCUGCUGUCCGCGGUCGCAAUCGUCGCCACGCCGCUCGGAUUCCCGUACUCGGGCGGCGCGGUGCUGCCCAAGAACCAGCGGUUCGAUGUGACUCUCACGCGGCGCACGUUCUACGAGUCGGAUGGCUCGGUGCGUCGCAAUGACUCGGGCUACCUGAUCGUCAACUGGGAUAGGCAGAGCCCCGGCUCCGUCGCCAAUUCAGUGCCCGAGAUGGCCCGCGCCGUUCGCACGGAUUGCGCCGCAGAGCUUCUAUGCGGCAUGCCACUGGUCGGCCAGUUGGUUUACCACUCCAGCUGGAUUCCUCAUGUCUCGGCACGACCCGCAGCCGACAACGUGGCGGCGGAGUUGCCGUCGGCCACCAACACCGAGGUCGUCGUAACCGGCACGGGCGAUCACCGCCGACGUCGUAUGCACUUCAACAUCACCGGGCCGGAGAGGAUAAACGUGUACGUCAGCCCCUACCCCGGUACACGGUUGACGUCGUGGAGUUUUUCGGGCAAACCGGAAGUGACCACCACGUGGCAGGGCCACGAUGUGUACGUGAUACGGCACUCCAGGGCGGGCGAAAGUGACGUAUGGCGAUUUUGGUUGGAGCACGAGAGCAGCUACGGGUUCGACGAGAAUACCAUCAACGUAACCGUGGCUUUCAACUGGGUUGUACACAAACGUUUGGUGUUAGUCGACGCGUUUAGGACGUUUUUAGAUUCGUUUCCGCGGUGGGCUCAUGUGAACCACGCUGUCGCUAGUGUCGACGCAUUUGUUUAUUAA